UUCGCCCGAGCAGCCCGAGCCCGAGCGCGCAGAGCCGCCCUCGCCUCCCGGCUCCCACGGCCGCCAGCGCGGCAGAGGAGGAGCCGGACGCGCUCCGAGCGCUCGGUCAGUCGCGGAGCUCGGCACCGCACACCGGGGUACCAUGGUCUGCAAGGCUCUCUUCGCUCUCUGCAUCUUCACUGCAGGCCUGCGGGUGCACAGCCUGCCGCCGUCGGCCCCCUUCCCCGGGUCUCUUCCGGCCAACGCCCUCCCGUCCACGGCCGGCUGGACCAGCGCGCCCCGCAGCCCUCCUGCCUCCCCGACCAGCGGCGCGCCCGGCCACGCGGUCCUCCCGGCUCCGGCCUCGGCCCCGGCGCCCACACGCCCCAGGAACGUUUCCGCAGAGCCCGGAGAAGCGGGCCCGAGCGGCCCAGCCUCUCCCUGGGGAGGCCCGAGCGCGGCGGCCUCCCCCGCCAGCGGCGGGGCGCCCUUAACACCCACACCCUCGGAGCGCGGCCCGAGCACCACCGAGGAGCCAAGCGCGCCCCCGACGGGGUCCCGGGCCCCCUCCGAGGCCCCCGCCGGCUCUCCCACGCUCCCCUCCCCUCAGGCUCCGGCCUCCUCGCCCCCACCCCUGUCGACCUCUCCAGCCGGGGAGGUUUGGUCCGCCUCCCCCACCAGCGCCAAUCACAGCUCUGCCCACACCAGCACCGAGCCCACGGGGGCCCCGACCCCACCGGGGUCCCCAACGCCACCGGGAUCCCCAACGCCACCGGGAUCCCCAACCCCACCGCGAUCCCCAGCCCCACCGGGGUCCCCGACGGAAGAGCCGAGCUCUGCGCACACACCCACUUCCCAUGCCACAGCCCAGCCGAGGCCCGCGGACACGACGCCCCAAGCCACGGCGCCGGCCAAAGUGACCUGUCUGAUGGUGGACAUGGAGACCACCGCCUCCCCGGGCGUGAUCAUGCAGGAAGUGGAGCACGCGCUCAGUUCAGGUAGCAUCGCCGCCAUUACGGUGACCGUCAUUGCCGUGGUGUUGUUGGUGUUCGGGGUGGCAGCGUAUCUGAAGAUCAGGCAUUCCUCCUACGGGAGGCUUCUGGACGAUCAUGACUACGGAUCCUGGGGAAACUACAACAACCCUCUGUACGACGACUCCUAACGAAGGAGCGAGGCUGGACGAGGAGGAACUGUUUAUUUAUAAGCGCUUUCCCAGUAGAAUUAAUACAAGUUCCUGACACGCAUCGAGCGACAAUCUCUUAAGCCCUGUUUCGUUGGUUUGGUUGUUUUGUUUUCCUCCCUCUCCUCUGGCUGCUAUCACUUCCCCUUUCUGGUACAAAAAGAAUCCUUGUUUAAAGGUGAGUGGAGGCUUCUCUGCAGCUGAGGGAGGCAGACCCGGAGCCAGACCGCUGUGGUGGAAGCCUCCGUGCCUGCCGCGGGAUCCACUGUUAAGAGGGACCGAGGGCCAGGGAGUGAGUCCUUGCAUCGGGGGUUACUUUUAGGGGAACUUUUAGCUGGUGGUACUUCUCAAACUUUUGAGUUAGGAAAUUGCAUGAGAUCUCGGUGCGGGGAAAGGAAAUGCACCCCGGGAGUGUUUUACCCUGCAGGUGAGGAAGCAGGGGGCUGCUCCGAUUCCUUUUUAAUCUCUCUUUCUACCUGGUGUAUCGGACAGGUUGCCUGCUUGGCUCUGUGAGCUGGAUCCCGGCUUCUUAACGGCCUAAUUAGUGGAGGAGGAAACUAGAAGGUGCCCCGGAGGAGGCCAGCAGGCCGAGGGACAGCGUGGCAUGUCGCUGUCAGAUCGCAGCGUGCCCUCUACCUGUUCCGCCCUCCAGGCCGCCCAGCUCUGCCCGAGAUGCCCAUCGUGGUCGGCCGCAGCAGGCUGUCCCCAGGAGAGGAGAUGAGUUAGAGAAGAGAAAGGGGGAGGGGGGUAGCCUGCGGUGGGCAGUGGAGGGGGAUGGGUCAGGAGGGAAGGGGCGACCCGCACAGACGACCGCCUUGGGGGAACAAGGAAUCAGGCCCCAAUAACUCACAGAGACAUCCACUGCUCGAAGGAACCUCUAGAAAGAACCCUUGCUUUAUAGGCACAAAACAGCUGGCUCACUGCCUUCUGUCUGUUGGGAAACGGCUGCAGACCGUUUUGUAAAAAACUGUAAAGGAUUCGUCUAUCUGCAGUAGCUCAGUGAGGCGUUUCCACAGGAAACAGACACCCUGAUUAAUCCGUUUAUUCUUCCCAUACACUUACCUUCCUAAUUCUGCCCUCAAAUUAAUGAAUACUCCUGGGUACAUGGCCUUACGCUCCUCAACCUCAAAUUUUGAAGAACUGGUAUGGUUUGCAGAUGUCCAGAUACAACCGUGGUUACCAAAAAGCAGACAAUUUUGCUCCCCCCGCGUGAACCUUUUACAAAUGUCUCGUGACAUUUUUGAGAGUCUCGACUUGGGGGUGCCACAAGGAGGUAGAUGUCACAGAUGCUCUAAACAUCCAUGCAAGGCACAAGACAGCCCGCCGCAGCCAACAAUCACUCGGCCCAAAAUGUCGGGAGUGCUGAGUUCGAGAAACCCUGGUUUACUGAAAUGCCCGUGGUGGAUAAAACAAGACACUCCCAGAUUAGUAACAUUUUUUACUUUUAACUAAAUGAAAUGAUUUGUUAAAUUGUUCCCUAAAAAGUAUUCAGUUUGUGGGCAGAUGGAUUGUUUUGGCAUGUGUGGUUGCCUUUUUAUUUCCGUGUGUUCUCUAGAUAGCUUUAUGUCAUGGUGAGGACUCUGUCCUCCAGAAGCACCUGAUGUCAGUGACCAGCCAUCUUGUGUCCUGACUGCGGGAGGAAACUUCAUGGAUUAGGAAGCAUCCAUGAGGUCCUGAUUCAGAAUGCGUCCUAUUGUCCUACAGUGACCUAGUGCCAUAAAGAACUUAAAACUGAUCAAUUUCUAUUUCUAAACUUGAACCUGCUGCCUUGCUGUUUCCAGAAAUUUGACCCUCAGCUCGACCUGUCACUUACUGUGGUCCAGCAAAGUGCCAACAGGAAAAUCGCUGUGGCCGCGCUAUUCCGAGAUGCCCAGAGCUGUGCCACUCUCCACAGCCUGCCUUCCCACACUCUGAAUUUAUCCCUAAAUUCCUUACAUAUCAGAGGAGAAUGAGCAAGCCCCGGAGGUAUUUUACAAUAGGACUACAUAAUAAGAAGCAGGCCGCCAGGAAUUCUGCUAGCUCUGAUUAUUUAAAAAAAAAAAAAAAAGGGGGCAUUCCCAGAAAAAUGCCCAGGGAUGACCCAUUGUGCCCCCUGUGGCCAUGCUGGGCCUGAAUAAUUGUCUCUCUUCUCUACCCUCACUCCCUUUAUAAAGCCUGUAGGCCUUCAGUUUAGCAAAGGACAAUUCAAUAAAAACAGGACAUCCCUUUUAUUCCUCCCUCGGCCACAAACAUUUUGACAAAAUGUCCAUGAAACACCUUCAGAGUGGUUCUCUCCUAGAUGCUGUUCUAGUCCUAAGUACUGGGUCAGAGGGACCGGCGUCUUCACGGGGUACACUGACCGAUUAUGACCACAGACUCAGUAAGCAUCUCCCCUUACCAGAGUCUUCUAUUGUGCAAGAGCAUUUGAUGGGUUUGUUGUGCCUAUUAUCUUCCAAAUCCUUAUGGCAAAGAGAGGGAUCUGGACCUAAAGCAAAUAUAUUCAGCAAGGUGACAGCUCCCCAUAAAAAACUCUAACUUUCCUUGUUAUGUCAGUAUAAAAUACCUAUAGGUUGAACCUUUUUUUGCCAAGUCCUUUUUUUCUGAGUUGGCCAAAGAAUUUGAACUGUAUUCAACACAUGUUGCUUGAAACACACACACACGCACCCCAGAAAUACACGCUGAUAGUUAAUGUCAUCUACAUCGGGGAGAGAUUCUGUCCAGGUCUGUCCAAAGGAAAUUGCUCCAGGAGGUCUAAAACCAUCAUAUUUCAUCCAGGAAUAGGACUAGUCAUAAAGUGAUAGACUGUCAGAGCAGGAAGGAGGCAAGCAGAUUCUUCUAGACCGUAGACUGCAAAUGAUGAAGAGUGGGAUUCGACUUUGUUUUCUUUGCUUUUGGCCCCCGUGAGGUCUCCUGCCCUCCCUGGAUGUCUGUCUUCACUUCUUAAAUGAGGGGGAUGCUUCCCUAUUGACCUCACUCCACGCUACCUCACAGAUGUGUUGUGAGGAUUCACGAAGUGACGUCUACAGUGUUUUCGGUUUCUGGAGAAAAAUAUUUAUAGGCAUCUUAAGUAUUACCUAGAUAUAUAAGUGAUCUCAGUUUCAGUUUCUUAUUUGCUGUUACACUGGUGUAUUGUUUCUACUUAAAUCUAUAAAAUGACAGCUGUAUCUUGGCCACAGCAGGCAGCUGGCCCAGCUCUGAGCGACCCCUCAGUUCGGCUGACUGUGGGGGAACUGUGCCCGGGACCAGGAGAAUGGUUCCUGUCUCCAAAUGGAAAGGCAGCCCCAGAACUGGGUCUCACAGACUCUUGAGUUAGGAUCCAGGAGGUUAGGGGAACAGAAGAUGGACACCUGAGUGCUGAAAGCAGUGGGCCUCUGGCCUUCACCAUCCUGAAGCCUUCUGCGUUCUUGGUGGAGUUGGUUUUGGUUUGAUGUCCUCCGUUUGCCCUUCAUCUUGCUUGCAAGGAUGCAUGGUUCGAUCCCUCAUGUGUGGGAAAUGAAUUUUGCAACUGGGCCAUGUUGAUCUGCACGUUGAUUCACCUUCUUUGCCUUUAACCUCUUUUUGGCAAAUGAAUGUACCAUUUCAACUUUGAUUUUUAAAGUGCUGGUUGGUACUGGUAAUAGUGCUAACCAAGAGACCAAUGCCAGAUUGCUUUCUUGGGGUGAGUUAGCCAACAUCAUUUAAAGAUGGAUGUGCAACUUCUUUGAUAUUUGAUGUAAUUGUAUCUACAUUUGUUGUAAGACAUCUUGCAUACUAAUUAUAAUUAUAUCCAUUAAAGUUGUUAAAAGCCUGCA